AUGACCGCCAAGAACGAGCGGAUGAAGCAGCACGCCCUGGUCCUGUCGAUGCUACCGGACCUCGUCCUAGCCGUGUGCCGCACCGGCGAGAUGACGUACGUCUCUCCGGCCUGCCAGUGGCUGCUGCUGCACUCGCCCGAGGACAUGACCGGCGCCAACAUCUUCGAGCUCGUCGCGCCAGAGUGCCACCCGCUGCUGCGCAAGAUCAUCUCGGACAACCUCUCGCGUCCGGUCAAGUCCAUCGCCGGCGGGGCGGCGGGGGGCUGGUCGUCGGCUAAAUCAUUGCAAGGCGGGGGCUCUGCGGAUGGAGACGGGGUGGGGGGGGACGCCGAUGCGGUGGCUGGAGACGACGAGCCGCAAUGCCGCGAGAAAAAAGGGAACCACAGGGAACGGCUCCAGCAGCGGUGUCGACAGCAGCAGUCCCAGCCGGGGGAAUGCCCGGGAAUUGGAAGCGGGGGCAGGGGAGGGAGCGCUCCGACGUCGUUGUCGUUGCAACGGCCGCCGAAGAUGAAGAUGCUCAGAAUUUUCCGCGGCGAUAAGACCACGGUGUGGUGCGAGAGCCGGCUGAGCGUGCGGAACGCCAAGAGGCACGACGGCAACAGCACCGCCGCCCCCGUCCCGCUGGAGAUCAUCCUCACCCUUCGCACCGUGGCGGAGGGCGGAAAGACGGCCGUAGCGCGCGAGUUCGCGGGCGGCCAGCUUUCCAUGGCAACGGGCCCCUCCUCGGCGCCGCCGGGGGAGGCGUGUGUUGGUACGGGGGCGCCGGCGCCGGCGGAUGCAGAUGCAGACGAUGCGGAUCGAGAGGAAGACGCGGAAGAGGAGUACGUGGAGGCAGACGACGACGGGUACCAGUGCGAGGUGGAAGCGGCAGAAGAAGACAGCAACAACAGCGGCAGCGGGAAGGAUUGGGGCACGAGGGGGGGGGGUGGCAAGGGAAAGCGCGCCGCUGUUACACCAAGCCCUCGGGACUCCAGCGGUGCAAGCGCCAAGCAGGGGCCCGAGGCGACCGGUGCUCCCAAGAUGGCAGGGGCUGCGGAGGCGGAGGCGGAGCCGGCUGACCCCGCGGUUGGCAGGGAAGAGCGGUCGCUGUCGAAGAAACGGCAACGCGUAAGCCUCAGCAAUCACAUGGACGAAGAGCUCAGGGGCGGCGGCGGCGGUGGCGGUGGCGGCGCAGAUAAGUCUGGCGGGGACAACUCUUCCACGGGGGGAGACACGGGAGGUUCCACCACCCACGAAGGGAGCGUCUCCUGCAGCAACGAAGCCGACUCCACCGGGGAGGGCUCAAACAACGAAGGCUCGAGCAAGUGGGGGGAUGGGGAUGGCCGCGGCGGCGUGAACGCGCCGGAGGGGAGGGGUUCGUAUCGGGAUUGCGGCAACAGCAGCGAGGACGGUGACGGCGAUGUUGACGGUGCGUCCGAAGAAGGCACUUCGGCGGAAGGGACGGAGUUCGGAGACGACGUCCAGACUGCGGUUCAGAGUCUCAUCUUGAUGGGGGGCGACUACAACAACAAGGCGGCUCAAUGACGAUCACUUCUCGUCGUUCGUCCCUUCGCUGCUGCUGCUGCUGCUGCUGCUCAUAUUAGUUUCUAGGAUAGGCCGUUUCUCGUUUGGUGAAUCAUUCCGUCGAGAAACGCAGGCGUGUACGUAUGCACUACGGUGUCUGUUGUUGUAACCUUUUUCCAAUUUCCUUGUUCUUGUCUUCGGGGUGGAUGUUUUUCAGUCAGUCACCGUUUGCUUUGCUGACUAGGGCUAGGAGUGCCUGCGAAGGCUUCGUGGUGCGAUAUACUACGGUAGUUGUGUUUUGCAGAAGAUUGCUUCCUUGUUUGCGUGUCUCCCUUUGUCCUUCGUGUGUCGUCCUGUUGGGGUUGUUGAUGUAAGCAGGCAACGGCCGGGUGUGUAAGUAUUGGAAGAACAAUAGAGACGUUUCAUUUGGGAAAAACCGUUUCAGAUUACAAGCUGAGAGAGGUGGAUCCCAUCAAAUGUAAUGUAGGCGAUAAUCGCACCCGGGCACGAGCAGAGAGAGUUACCGAGAGGCGUCGUUUUCUUUUCAUGCAAGAGUGAUCCUCCUAGUGCUUCUUGCAAGCAUGCUUGACCAAUGUGGUUCCCAGGGACGUAGGCAUGCGCGCUUCGUCGUUGAUUUCAUAUGAUGUUGUUUGUUCGUGGAAGAAGAGCACGGAAGGCAUAUUUUCGUAGGGUAGGCGCACCCAUGGGUAAAGUCUAAAGUUGUCCAUGGCGUUCCUAACCCAGCUAAUACAAGUAGUUGCUUGUCCGCUUGUCCACUGACACGUGAAGAGAUUUUGAGUCAACC